AUGCUUCCACUGGAGAUAAGUCGUAAAUAUGCUGCACACUGCUCUGUCAUUGCAUCUCGUUAUUCUCUUCCUUCGUUCAAUUAUCCAGCAGCCUUGCCCAUAAAGAGUGAAGGUGGAAGUAAAAGGCUAAGGGUCGGGUAUUUUAGCAGCGACUUUGGUAACCAUCCUCUAUCUCAUCUGAUGGGUUCUGUCUUUGGUAUGCAUGAUAGAGAGAAUGUUGAGGUCUUUUGCUAUGCUUUAAGUGCAAAUGAUGGAUCUGAAUGGAGGCUGCGUAUCCAAUCAGAAGUGGAGCAUUUUAUAGAUGUCUUAUCCAUGUCAUCUGAUAUGAUAGACAGGAUGAUUAACGAGGAUAAAAUACAGAUCCUUGUCAAUCUUAAUGGUUAUACUAAGUUUAGUUUGUUUCAAAAUUGA